AAGCAGUCGCGCUUGCGUACUUACAUAUGUUCAUCGUGUUCGUCGUUGUGGUGGUCACGGUUCGGAGAUAGUAAGUGUGCAACAAUAGAAUAGGACUUAUUGAGUAAAGCAUUUAUGGAAAGUGAGCGAAAGUGAUAGAGUGCCAUGAUAAAGUUAUACGAGUGGACAAUUGAAUCUUAUAAUUGAAAGUCCAUAAAAAAAAAGGUGCGUUCACGAUAAAGGUGUCGAAGAAGUGAAUCGUGAUUGGUGAAUCUUAGACGGCCAUUAUUGUGCGCCAUUCGGUCUCCGGUGCAGAUCCGCGCAGCGAAAGGGCAGAUGCCCUUACGCGGUUCGUGUUCCCAUUGCAACAGUAGCAACCGCAGCGCCGUCAACAACACGACAACGAUAACGACGACAGUAGCGCCAUCAGCGCGACCGCCAUCGCAGCGAAAAGAAACAGUAUUCCUUUGAGGAAAGAAGAAAUGCCUGUAGGUUCGCGAUCAGUGGCGCGACCAAAGAUGGAGGCCACGUCCAGUUUGUAACACGCAGCCAAGUCUCGUUCAAAGCGCACCAACGGAGCCACGAAGCGCUCCUCGAGUCGGCUGUCCAAAGUCGCUUUUGCCCCGUGCUACUUUUCUUCGUGAGCCCCGCGAGGCUGGAGAAUGGAGCUACGCGUUGGAAAUAAGUACCGGCUCGGACGGAAAAUCGGGAGUGGCUCCUUUGGCGACAUUUAUCUAGGUACCAAUAUCUCAACCGGCGAGGAAGUCGCCAUCAAACUAGAAUGUAUAAAAACGCGGCAUCCGCAGUUACACAUAGAAUCCAAGUUCUACAGGAUGAUGCAAGGUGGUGUUGGAAUACCAACUAUAAAAUGGUGUGGUUCAGAAGGUGACUACAAUGUAAUGGUAAUGGAGCUACUAGGUCCAUCAUUGGAGGAUCUAUUUAAUUACUGUUCAAGAACUUUUUCUUUGAAAACAGUCUUGCUUCUCGCCGAUCAAUUGAUAAGUAGAACGGAUUAUAUUCACAGUCGCAAUUUUAUCCAUCGAGACAUCAAACCAGAUAAUUUUUUGAUGGGCUUGGGAAAAAAGGGAAAUCUCGUAUAUAUUAUAGAUUUUGGAUUGGCCAAAAAAUAUCGCGAUGGCCGUACUCACAAACACAUACCGUAUCGAGAAAACAAGAAUUUAACAGGAACAGCCAGAUAUGCGAGUAUUAAUACACAUUUGGGAAUUGAACAAUCACGACGAGAUGACCUUGAAUCCUUGGGAUAUGUUCUUAUGUAUUUCAAUAGAGGUAGCUUACCUUGGCAAGGUCUGAAAGCGGCAACUAAACGACAGAAAUACGAACGUAUUUCUGAAAAGAAAAUGUCUACACCCAUCGAAGAAUUAUGCAAGGGUUAUCCUGUUGAGUUCGUGCAAUAUCUAAGGUAUUGUCGAGGACUACGAUUCGAGGAAAGGCCGGACUAUUCGUAUCUUCGGCAACUUUUCCGGACGUUGUUCCACGAAGAAGGCUUCACAUACGAUUAUGUCUUCGAUUGGAACAGGCUGAAAUUCGGUAACGUGAGGCAACAAACAUUGUCUUCGACACAACAAACACCGAUGCAGUCGCAACAUACGAAUGCAGCGCUGCCUUCUGGGACUAAUAAUGAUCAAGAGCAUCGAUCUAGACCUUACACCCGGCAGUGUUUGGCAAACAUAUCAGUGGGAACAGUGGGUCCGACUGUAGGUGGAACAACUACAAAUUUGAGAAGCAUGCGGCAAAAACGCGAGGCGAUAGACGCUCUUCGCGAUCAGGACAAUCAGGAGAGCGAUCUUCAAGGUAAACCACAGUUCUACCCAAAAUUAUCUUCUAAGCCGGUUAUAACCCAGCAAAAAAUGCGGCUCGAACAUCCGCAGCUAACUAGCAACGAAACGCCACGCGCGAAUCCGUGUCAGUUCAGUACAUUUAAAUCAUCACCGGUUAGAAUAGCGCCGGAUGCGUCCCUGGACAUUGCGGGUCUUAAUUUAGGACCCCGCGAAACGACUUCGAAUCGUGCCGAAUUGAACUGCACCACGUCCCGUGACUAUUCAGUGAACAGAUUGCCCGAUGGUAGUCCGAAUGCAUCAUUUCGUCAACCGGAUAAACAGAGUUAUUUUUUUCAGUCAUAUAAAACCGAGAAAGACUUCGAGAUGAUGAUGUUUGAUCGUCCUGUUCACGAUGAGAAAAAAGUUGAUCACGGGGAUGAUGCGGUGGCAUCCGGUGGCUCGUUGAAUUGUUUCAGUAGCGUAGAGAGGGAGAAAGGCGGUGAUCACGAUGACAAGAAGCAAAAAGGUUCCACGCUCGGUGGCCGCCAUCACAUCUCGACUCACGAUGCUCGUCGAGAUUCUGGAAACGUGGAAUUCCUUGAAAAAGAAGGCGAAAUUUUCAAGAUAAGCAGUAGUGAAUUAUUGCAAGAUGCGUCGGCGAAAAAGAAACGAAACUUUUCUUUCAGUAACAAAGAGAAGACGCACAGAAGUUUAGAGUCGUUGGAAAGAAGCAUAGAUUUGUCGGCUAAAGAUUCAAAGAGUUUAGAUCUGUUGUUCGAGGAACGAUCGAAAGCAUUUUUUCAUGGGAAACAAAGAAGUCUGGAUUCUUCCCAGAAGUCAAAAAAGUCAAUGGAUUCGUCCGCCAACAAAGCGCGAAAGCGGCCGAAUUUCUUUCAACGUGUUCGAAGAAGCUGGCAUUUUUUACUCAUGCAGCGCAGAAUCAAGCAACGAAAUAAAUAUGAACGGCCGCUAAGCGGUCGAGAAAAAUGCGAAUAUUUUUUGCGCCGACUCCAUAAAAAUGAUUGCCCCGAACGUGAUUUAACCUUGUCAGUCGAUCAUUCGCAGACAGAGUUGAAUCCAGGUUUUUUGCCCAAACUUGAUGAUGUGAGGAAAGAUGAAUUAAUUUCGAACGAUAAAAAAGACGAUAAGAAAGAAAUUAAAGUUGUGAUAGAGGAUGCUAUAAUUGUAAUGGAAGAUGCUAAAUUUCGUAUAAUAGACGAGGAAAAUAAAUUAGCUGACGGAGAUAUCGAUAAUAAGCCACCGGAAGAAAAUGAUGAAAAGCCCCCGUUGGUCACUGAAAAUGAUAUUGCACGAAAAUUGCAAGAAGUGAUAGGAACUGAAAAGAAAGAACAUAUAGUUGAUUGGGUAGUCACUAUAGCAAAUUUAGACGCUUUAAGCCAUGCUACCCGUUCGAACGAAUCUGUCAGUUAUGGUAUAUUGCAUGGUACCCUUGGUAUAUUGAAGGGUAUUCUUUUUGAUAUUUUUCUCUGUGUAUGCAUCUAACAUUGUUUUGUAUGCAAUUUAUAUUUAUCGAAGUUUUACAUCACAUAAGCACGCGGUGAGCAACUUUUGUUAUUCAUAUUGAUAUUGAUAUUUUUCGUAUGUUGUUAUGCCAAUUUUUUACACUUUCAUCACUGUGUCAGGGUCGAUAAGGUACAAUUUCCACGUUUCUAGUUUCACUCGGGACAGGUGAGAAUUAUGACGUGAAUAUCACAAUGAACAAAUAUUACUGAAGCUACUAUUGCACCAAUAGCACUUCUAUUGUUUAGGAUUAAGAUUAAUUCUACCUUUUCUCAUGACCUGAAAAACAUCGACAUUAGAAGCCACGUACUAUUAUACUCGUCGGGUUGUGUCGUAGAACCUGUUUCAAGGUAUUUCUGUUUCUAAACUUCAUAGAGCUUUCGCAACUAUAGACUAGAAAUAUUUUUUUA